AUGCCAACCACCACAUACACCGUCUUCGUGACAGGUGCAACAGGCACCCAAGGCUCGGCCGUAGCGCGGCACCUCCGCACACUCGGCUGGCCCGUCCACGCGACCGCACGCAAUAUGGACGCCCCCAUCGUGCACGAGCUGCAGGCCCUCGGCGUCGAGUUCACGCCAGGCGACUGGGCCAACGAAGUUGCGCUCACGGCCGCCAUCGCAGGCUGCACCCGUCUCUUCCUGAACCUGAUCCCCAACCUCGCCGACUUCUCCUCCGAGGUGCCGCACGCGCGGCGCAUCCUCGCCAUCGCCCGCGCGGCCGGCGUGCGGCACGUCGUCUACUCGAGCGGGCUGUCCGUGCAGAGCCCCGAGACGCGCGCCUUCUAUGACCCGGACAGCCCGCCGGGCAAGGCGAUGGCGUGGAAGCGCGAGGUCGAGGAGCUCGUCAAGGCGGGCGGCUUUGCGCACUGGACGAUCCUCCGCGGAGGCUUCUUCAUGGCGAACCUGCUUGCGCCACGCGUCAUGAUGUAUCCCGGGCUGGCGGAGACGCACGUCUGGACCAUGGCUUACACUCCCGAAACACGGCUACCGCUUUGCGACACCGAGGACAUUGCUAAGUUCGCUGUGGCGGGGUUUCAGGACCCGGCGCGGUUUGAUCGGAAGGAGAUUUCGAUUGCGAGCGAGUCGUGGACGCCGGAGGAGUUGAUGGCGCAGUUGGCGGAGGCCAAUGGGAAGGAUAUGCGGUGUCGGUUCUUGACGGAGGAGGAAAUCGAGACGGAGAAGAAGAAGAACAUGUUCGUGACCGCGCAGCUUAUCUCGAGAGACAUGAGCAAGUCUGUGGACAUAGAAGCGGUCAAGUCUUGGGGUAUACCGCUGGGCACAUUCAAAGGCUUUCUCAAAAGGGAAAGCAAGGCUGUGAAGGAGACCUAUCCCUAA